AUGUUUCUUGAACUCACAGCUCCUGCUUCUCCCAUCGUGGAGUCUUCCCCUACUACCCCUGUCAAGGACAACAAAUUUCUUGUUCUGACCCCCCCUGCUCCCGCCAUGGCGGAGUAUUCCAAUGCUAGCUCUGUUGGGGCUGACGUUGACAACACUGAAAAGCUCAUCAUGGAACAGAACGCCAAGGACGCCGAGCUGAACGAGCUGCGCGCCAAAGUCCAAGCCCUCGAGUCGGAAAACGAAGAACUCAAGGCAGAGAUUCGUUAUGAGAAAGCCUUCAAGGAGCAUUUUUCGAAGAGCCUGGACGAGGCCAACCGCAACUGGCACUCCGCCGAACUCGAAGCAUCUGCCAAGGGUGCUGAGCUGGGACGAGUUCGGGAGCGCCUGAACUCGGUCCAACUUCAGGCCGCUGCGCAAGACGAGCUCCACGCGCUCAAAGAGAAGAACACCGCCCUCCAGGCCCAUGUCCGCCUCCAGUUCUCGCUUACGACCCACCAGCACGUCCAGCAGCUGAAGCAUAUGAUGCACGACUGGAAGACUCAGGUGGAGCAGAAGAUCGAUGAGGAUUUCGAAAAGAAUAAGGCGAAGGAGCACGAAUCCGCUACCCCGGUCGACGUCAACCACGAACGACUCAAGGCUAUGAUUGAGGGCCAUGAAAAGAUCAUUAUAAACUUGAAGAAGGGAAACGACAAGUUUGUCGCCCAGAUCAAGGAUCUCCAGAAGGCAGAGAACGCUUCGUUCAUGGCGGACUUGACUGUUGAGCGCUUCGAAGCUUUCUUGUAUGAGCGUAAGAAGAUGGUUACUCAGCUUGAGGAGGAGAAACACGAGUUUGAGCAGAAGGUGAACGACAUCUAG